AUGGAGAAUUCCGACCUUUCAUCCCUUUGGGAAACCAAGAAGGAUGCGGACAUUCACCUCACGAUGGGUGUAAACAAGUGGGAGCUCCAUGACAAGGUCAUUCGAGGAAAGAGCAGCCUCAUUGACCACAUCCUCGAGAUGAUUCAGAUGCAAGAAGGCAUCAGGAAAAUUCCACUCAAGGAACACUUGUUUACUUUCUCUGCUCUGAAUACCGUCUUGAAGUACUUCUACUUUGGAGAGAAGGUGGUAGACGAAAAGACUGAGUCGAUCGAGCUCCUCGCGAUGUACGAGGUAUCCGCCACACUCAUCAUUCUUCCGCUGCAACAGAAGAUUGCUUCGAAAACAGGCAACUUGCUUGGUGAUAUUCUGUCGAACAAUAUCGAGAUGGUUGGAGACUUCUGGAUGGCGGCUGAAGUUAUCGUCGGCGAGCAGACAGACUCUUGGGUGUUCAUGCGCCAAGAGCUACAGAGAGCAAUAGGUCCCCAUCUCUCGAUGCUGCUCCGACAAGACACGUUUUCGAAUCUUUUGAAACAGAACCCAGUCUUUUGUUGGGAACUUCUUUCCACCGCUGUUGAUCACAUUCAGAUUCUCGAGAAAAAGACAAAGGAGACCGCCGUUAUCAAGGAGACGAGAGACGCAGGUUCCCAAACCGACGCCAAACAUGAUACUGACGUCUCCAAACGUUUUGUCGAAGCAGGAACGCAAUGUAAUAUUCCACCGCCGAAUACUCUGAGGAGACACAUCCUCACGGCCGCGGCAAACGAUGCUCGUAUUGAGGCCUCACAAGAAGAGGUGACUCCUCGGCCCAGCAAGCCCGAAUACAUGGUGGAAUUCGACACGGAAGGCAAAGUAGUAUUCAAUGUUCCACAGACCUCGAGGCGUUACCCGAGGGAGACGGACUCCGAUUUGAAGAAAGGAUCUGUGGCUAUGGACCAAGCCUCACCGCACAAAUUUUCAGGGCUGUCAAAGACGGCUACUGAGAAUGUGGCCCUCCCUCUUACGAUCGCCGAUGCAUCAACUUCAGAUGCUUCCACUCAGGAAUCUUGGGAAUCUUGCAGCGAGGGUCGUGGUAAUUUUAUCCCUAACACAAGAGAGAGCGAAUUCACUGUGCCAUUAGCUUCUAAUAAAGCUGAGACGCGCACUGUUGAAGUCUCAGAGGAGUCCAAAUCUCAGUAUGAGGAGAGACGUGCCGUCUCUGAGGUCAUGGAACGCAUGCAAUCGGGAGGAUCAGCAUUCGAUUGCUCCAGCUACAUUCACGAGGAACAGACACCCAUCACCGGGGUCAUCGAACGAACCAGGAGAGAGUAUGUGCUGAGCGGUUCACGUGUCAGUCAGACGGAGGAGACAUUUGCUCCCGCCAUCCCUGAGUGGUCACGUCGUUCAUACGCUUUCAACAGUGCGAGCCUUCCCAGAGGCUAUCAAUUCACCGGCGGAUCGCAGGAGGAGCAAUCUGAUGGACCAAAAAUCAAUGCUGCUGCCAGCCAUGCCCAGAAGAUUGCUUCGUCGUCUUUCCGUGGAAGAGCGAUGCGCAACCCCUCUCCUGUGGCCAGAAGCUCGUGGAAGGCUGACAGUGCUACGGCCAAGCAAAUCAAGAGAGGUCGGCUAGUAGUCGAGCCCCCUGAAAAUUACAGUCCUUUGGAGUCGACAGUCAACCUCGAUGGACCUCCCCUCGACUGCAACCCUUCUUGA